AUGCGCAGAAGAAAGCACUUUCUGUACGUUGGAAAAUAUUUUAUCUCAGAGACGUUUCAGUGGUUCAGAUUUGAGAACUUGGUCAAUGAAUCUUCUGAUGGCGGGCUAGUGAUGAGCUCGUUUCGACCCCUAGAUGACAUCGGUUCCAUGCAGUUGACGGCUGGGGGAUACCGAAUUCUCUCAGUUCCCAAUGCUGGAGGGAACUCUGUCUUGUCCGAAGUCUUAUCGUUUGAAUUGCUUAGCCGAUGUUUUAGCGCCAAAUUGAAACAGACAGAGAUGGAAGUGGAGUAUUUUCCACACGGUGGCUCCAUCACGGACUACGUGUGCGAGCUUUUCAACACCACGGUGGGUGUGUCCGUGACCCGAGCCAUUAAGUUCAAGGGCGACUUCAGCCUCGAUGACGCUCUGCGUCUGCUCAACAAGAAAUUAAAAG